AACACUUGAUGCACAUCGGCAAACCGACACAACCUCGUCUGACGCUGCGCAGCGGUCGCGGAAGACUGGGGACAUCGCGCGAGCUGUCGCGCCAACAUGGCGCCGCGUUCUCGCACGGGAUGUCUCACCUGUCGCUCGCGCAAAUUGAAGUGCGAUGAGACGCCGGGCCCAUCAUGCGCCAACUGUGCCAAGGCGCACCGCGAGUGCAUCAAAUCACAAGGCAUCACUUUCCGCCACCAGCAGAACCCGUCGAUGAACGGCAGUGAGCAGGAUGGACUCAAGAGCUUCUACGGCUACAAGGAGACCUUCGCCAAGAGCACGACUUGGGUGCAGGUGCCGCCCGAGCUGACCUUCGUCCACACGAACAACCCCUACGAGGACGACGAUGCCGAUGAGCAUGCCACCUCACUGCAGGACACGCGUGAUCUUUCGAGCAGCAGCGCUUUCGAUGCCUACCCAGCUUAUGCUACUCAUGGUCUGGAGGCGCUGAGUGCGGUCGCCACCGACCAGUACACCUACGCGCCUCAUCCUCCAGCCAUGGGCGGCCACGAACGGACGUCGUCACACACCUCGCAACCACAACAACAGCAGCAGCAGCAGCAACUCGCCACGAGCGGUCUGGGACUGGACUUCAUCCUGAACCCGGCCUCGCAGAACGUAUCCCCGGUAACAGCAGAAGGCCAGAACAACAUUGACCCGCAGCUGAACUCUCACUCUCCCACCACGCAGCUCCGAUCUCCGACCCAUGUACGUACCUCAUCAUUCGCAUCGGUAGGCGGGCGGAGCAGCUUACAUUCCUUCCAAGGAACUCCAGGACAUAGAGCAAGAGCUCCGAUCGAGGAUCCAGAGCUAGCCUACUUGCUGCGCCAAGCCAAGGAACAUUCGCUAUGCUGGAUGGACCUCUACGAUCUCGACCUAUUCUUUGCAGCCAAAGUACCUGUGUUGGCGGUGGACUGUCCGCUGCUAUUGUACAGCUGUGCAAGUCUCUCCGCCAAGUCUUUGGCUCGCGUCAAUGGACGAAGGCCAGUCAUGGGCGGCGCGGUGUCUAAGCAGAGCAAAAUGGAAAGUUGGCCCGGCCGGCCCAUGGAUGCAGAAAUGUGGAUGCGCAAAGGAAGGGAAUGCUAUGAUAUUGCCGUCUCGUUGCUUCGACAGAGCCUAGCAGGGUGCAUACGGCCGGGGACGUCCUCACUACCAGAACAUUCCACCCCCGCCACAUUAUCAGCCAUCCAAGGCACGCCGUUGCCGACCACGGACUCGGACGAAUUAGUAGCUGCUACUGCGAUAUUAUGUGUAUAUGAGUUCUUGGAUGCCUCCGGGCCAGAGUGGAGCAGGCAUCUUGAUGGAGCCAAAACAUUAUUUGACGUGGCUAGAGAACAGGCCAUGCCGAUGACUCUUCCUCCCUCCCCUCAAUCGAUCUCCGAACAAUUAUCACGACAGGUCUCUGGAACGACGGGACAUUCACCACCACGAGCGAGGCCCAACGGCAGAGGGUUGAGCUUGGGUAGACGUGCUGUAUUCUGGAAUUUUGCUAGACAGGACAUGUUAUCCGCCUUCAUUAACAAUACGUGUACGCGAUUGGACACUACGGAUCUAUCAAUGUGGCGAAGCGCAGGUCUCAAUUUGACGUUAGAUGGUUUCGUGGCACCAUCUAAUCCUCGACAUCAGGACUAUAAUGGGGAUCUUGCUAUGGGUGACGAUAUGAUCUCUAAUGCACUGAUUUGGCUGCUCCUGAAGCUCAUUAAUUUCAUUGCCGCGGGUGAUGAGGUGUCCAAGAGCAUCUCGCCUCUCGAGCUCGGUGUACGGCAGCGGGAACUCUUGAAUAGCUGGCACGACCUGGACAUGCAACUGGCAGUUUGGUUCAAUGGUCUGCCGGAUGGAUUUCAGCCGACGGCGGUCCACGCCUGUGACGAUGAGUGGGAGACCGAAAAGUGGUUCCCUCGUGCCAUGUGCGCCAGUACAAUGCAAUGGUACCACUUUGCCCGAAUUCAGCUGUUGCACAACAGGCCCCAAGUGUCGACAGCCAGUCCAGCUGCACCUGUAUGCCUUGGAGCCAUCGCUCCCGGCUCGAGCAUGAAGUAUGAACAUGCAAGACACGCGACGAUUCUUUCACAAUCUCGCGAUCAUGCUAAGGAGAUCGUCGCAAUUGCCAACGGAAGAGCCGAUGAAGGAACUCGCAUACACAGUGUGCAGCCAUUGUGGACUGCGGGACUUGUACUCGGUCGAAAUGAGGAUUCUGGACCAAUCAGUGGUCAUUGCAAGGCCUGGAGAAGCACUGUCGUCGGCCUAUUGAGAGGUAUAGAGCACGAUAUGGGCUGGGCGGCCGAGUAUCGAGUUCAAAGUUUGAUGGAUCUCUGGGAUCUCAACGCUGAUGAAACGCCGUGACGACACGCCGCACGUGGGAGCGAAACAGUAGCUCCGCGAAUGGCUGUACAUAAUCGUAGAUGCUGGCCACAAAGUGCCAAUACUUGCAAAUCGGCUUCUAGGAGCCCACGCUCUGCCACACAGGUUUCCAAUUCUCUUUCCCCGAGCCAGAAUUUGUACCAGAGACGAGUGUACCGAUAUGAGAAUCGAUGCGAGA